AUGCGACAGGAUCCUGCUUCUCGAUUAACAUUUGAUCCUAAAAAUAUAUCUAACAUCUUGAAUAAACAUUUUGCUACAUGUGGACAACGAUUAGCUGCUAAAAUGCCACAUUCUGAAAAACAUUAUUCUGAUUACCUUCAACUUACGAAUAGCCUUAACUACACAUCUCAACUAGAUUCAUUUGUUUUCAUUCCGAUAACUGAAAGAGAUAUUGAACUUGAAAUUAUCACACUACCAACCAAAAAAGCUGAGGGUUUAUACUCAUGCCCUUCGAGGAUUAUUAAAUGUGCAAAACUCAUUCUGAGCAAACCUUUGGCAGAUAUUUUUAAUCGGUUGAUUGAAACUGGAAUUUAUCCUAAUAAACUUGAAAUUUUGAAAAUAAUUCCAAUUUACAAAGUGGAGGAUGAAACCGAAUAA